AUCCAUCCUAGCUAGCUUGUAACUCUCCUCUUCUCUAGUUCUCUUCUAGCUCUCCCUCGAUCCCCCAACAUGCAUACAUAUCACACGCGCACGGUCUACUCUCAGCAAGCAAAGAGGAGCAAAAAAGGUCACCAAGCUAGCUAGGAGACCAAGAGGAUCGGAGGAGCUAGUCUUCGUUGCUUCAUCACCUCUCUCGAUCUCGCGCGCGCGGUUGAUUGGAUCACCCCUUGGGCUACCUACCUGAAAGUCAAAUCGAUCUGCAGUAUCACACCGCUGAGCUCAUAUAUAGGUGUAGGGCAAGAAGCAACUAAGAUCCAGAUCGAUAGGGUAGAGUAACACGGAGGAGGGGCUAGACACUGUGAUCUGCGGCUACCCGGGCACUAGCCAGCGGCAAAGAACAAGUUAUUUGGAGGAGGAAGAAGAAGCAGCAAGCAAGAAUUAAACAGUAGGUUCUAGCUACAAGGGAAGGUUAAGCUGGCGAACCGGUGGUGGCACGAGGGGCGGCUGGGCCUCCCGGUGACCACGGAGGCGCCGCCACUAGGCUCCUCGGGCCUCAACAAUAAGAACUCGCCGGGAAGCCAAGACAUGGUGGCGCCCUGCAAGGACUGGGAGCACAGCCAGAGCGGCGCAAGUGACCCCGACGAUGACCGCGAGAACGGCAACGGCGAGCCCAACAAGGGCGCGGUGGUGGCCGCCAAUCGGCGUCCGCGCGGCCGGCCCCCGGGGUCCAAGAACAAGCCCAAGCCGCCCAUUUUCGUCACACGGGACAGCCCCAACGCGCUGCGCAGCCACGUCAUGGAGGUCGCUAGCGGCGCCGACAUCGCGGAAUCCAUCGCCCACUUCGCACGCCGCAGGCAGCGCGGCGUCUGCGUGCUCAGCGGCGCGGGGACCGUGGCCGACGUCGCCCUGCGCCAGCCAGCCACGCCCGGCGCUGUCGUGGCUCUCCGCGGCCGCUUCGAGAUACUGUCCCUGACCGGCACAUUCCUCCCGGGCCCCGCCCCACCGGGCACCACAGGCCUAACCGUUUACCUAGCCGGCGGGCAGGGGCAAGUGGUCGGAGGCAUCGUGGUCGGCGCGCUCACAGCGGCGGGGCCUGUCAUGGUGAUCGCGUCCACAUUUUCGAACGCGACGUACGAGAGGCUGCCGCUCGACGAGGCUGAGGAGGACACGGAAGCCUGGCCCGGUGGCGUCCCUCCGAUGGUGGGCAGGCUGCCCGAUCCGUCGGCGAUGGCAAUGUAUGGCGGCGUGCCACCCAACCUCAUUCCCGGAGGCCGGCAGCUUGGCCAUGGCCGCCGUACUAGCACAAGCAAUCGAGAUCCAUGUAUGAUCGAUGCAUGGCAACCUUCAAGUUAGUGAUACAUGCAUGUCCUUGCUCCCAAGCAUCGUCGACAUAAGCUAACUGCUAGGAUCUGAUCGAGUUCAUAUCGCAAUAAGGCCGGCCACGCAUCAUGCAUGUUUCAAUUAAUGCAUCAUAUAUUUUCCAAAGGGUUAUUAAGAUCUUGCACGGUGUGUUUGUGUGUUGCGGUUUCAGGAGAGUACGUUUGCUUAUACUCAUGUUUGAAGAAUUGCCUAGCUAAUUGUAUUGUACGUAUGUAAACACCUCCAUCCUCUAGAUA